AUGGCGGAAGAAGGAGAAGUUUUAAUUGAAGUAGAAGCGGUUCUAGCCGUGUACGGCGACGAUUGUGUGAUUCUUGAUUCUUUCCCUCCUCAACUUCACCUCCACAUCAAGCCCAGAACCGCCGAUAUCUCCUCUCAACAGUUUGUGGAAGCAGUGAUUGGGAUACGAGCAGGUCCUCAGUAUCCAAGUGAACCGCCGCAGAUUGAUCUCAUAGAAUCCAAGGGUCUUGAUGGAGAAAGGAAAAGGCAAUUGAUAACUAGUAUACAAGACAAGGCAUGUGAACUCUCCUCUUGUUUGAUGCUUGUAGCACUUUUAGGGGAGUUGAUAUCACAAUCUCUGUUAUUUUCAGGAUAUGAGCAUACUUUUGAAUUGUCUGCCAGUGCUAUGAUAGGUUGUUGGUGUAGAAUCACCAAGGAAGCGGUGGAGAAACUCUCUGUCAUGAAUCACCCAGAUGGUGAUUGUCCUUUGUGUUUGUACCCCUUGGUCCCAGAAGAUGAACAGGACGAAGCCUUGCCAUUUAUGAAGUUGAUGUCUUGUUUCCAUUGCUUUCACAGUGAAUGCAUUGUAAGAUGGUGGAAUUGGAUCCAAAAGGAGAAAGAAAGCAACACUAGCACCUCAUCUUCCACAACUUUACGGCCAAUUAGAGAGAUGGGAAACCAGAAUGAUGUGCAUGGAGUAUUGGAAGUGAAAAUGGGCAACUGCCCAGUCUGCAGAAUGGUUUUCCAUGCUGAGGAUUUUGAACAUGUGCUUGACUUGGUUGGAACUCAAGCUUCUCGAUUGAAUUCUGAAGCAGAGGUCAAAGAUGAGGAGAAGCUCCUCUAUUCUGAUUCAGAGAACUUAAGAAGACAGAAAUUUGAUGCCAUAUUAAAGUUGCAGCAGGAAAAAAGCGGCUUAAUUGAACCAAAAAAGGAUAUAGUGGUUUUGCCAGGUAUAUAUCUUCCACAACGAGCCACAUUGCAACCGGCACCAUCACAACCAGCAACAUCACCUGCGCAGACAGCGAACAAAGAAACCACUGAGCAUCAAGGAACAGAAGCCAGACCCUCCACAGGAACAAAUUUGCAUGGUUCUUUAAGUAGACCUCGUCCCAGAGAACCCAGGAACUCAGGCAGGAGGAAGCAGAGAGUACAAAAUUCAAGAGGACCAGCCAGCCAGUGGGUCAGAAAAGAGAAUGGUACUGCAGACUAA